AUUUCAUCAGUGUCACACAUGCUUCUUCUUUUCUAACAUAAAAAACAUAUAAAUUUUAUGCUUUGGCAGGUUACCAAAUCAUUCUGUUCCUCUUCAAAUAUAUGUUGAGGAAACGAGUGCACUAGCACCUAUCUGUCUUCCAAGCACGGUGCUGUACUCAUCUUGUUCAAAUCUGAAAUCUGCAUCAAUUUUUCCCCACUUUAUCAGGUUCAUUUAAGCUUUUCAAAAGAAUCCCAGUUUUUCCCUCCUAUCACUUGACUGGUUGAGUCAGUUUGAAGACGAUCUUCAUGGUCAAAACCAGGAGGAUCAUCACCACCCUCCUAAGGCUUCUAGCCUUAGGUGCAACUCUUUCUGCAACAGUUGUCAUGGUUACUAGCCAUGACUCUGCCGACGUUUUGAACUUGAAAUUCUCUGCAAAAUAUACCAACUCCCCUACAUUCAAGUUUUAUGUGAUUGCUGAGGCAAUUGCAACUGGCUACAGCCUUAUAGUUCUCUUUCUCUCUUCAAAGAGUUUGGUUUGGCGCCUGAUUGUGAUCCUAGACGUGGUCAUAGCAAUGCUACUAACCUCAAGCAUCUCAGCUGCCUUGGCAAUAGCUCAGAUUGGCAAGAAGGGGAACAGUCAUGCAGGUUGGCUGCCCAUUUGCGGACAAGUUCCAAAAUUCUGCGACCAUGUCACUGGAGCCCUUAUAGCAGGUUUCGUCGCGGCAAUAGUUUACUUGGUGCUCAAUCUGUAUUCUCUUCAUGCUGUCCUCAGUCCCCUAUUUCCUGUCAAACCUUAGGCAGACAGAUCGUAAUAUGGUGUUUAAGCGUUUUCUGCUAUGUUCUCUUGUUUCUUGCUUUGUCUUUUUAUUAUUAUUUUAAUGCAUUAGUACGUUUAUGAUUCGAAGAAAUUGGAGAUUUGAACUUGAGGAUUUAUGUAGCGAUCACUUCUCCAAUAAAUUAUGUUUUUAACGGUUA